CUUCAGCUGCAGGAGUCACUCAGGAUGAUCUCACACUUUAGUUUAUCCUCACAGAUUUUUGUGCUUUUUUGUUGCACAGUUUGUGGUGCUGACAUUUCAUGUAGAAAUGAAGAUGGCGAGGCAGUCGAUUGGUUUAUCGUCUACAAACUGCCUAAAUACAGAAUCGAUGACAUCGGCAGUGGGGUGGAGUACACGUACUUGGAUUCAUCAAAAGAAGGCUGGGAAAUGAGUAAAUACACGAUUAACUCCAGCCAAGGAGCCAUAACAAACACACUGAACCAGCUUUACAUGGGAAAAGAGUACAAGUCAAACUCCUCAGUGUAUGCACUCUAUAACGACGCCCCGCCAGACCUGAAAUACAUUCAAAAAUAUGGACACACUAAAGGGGCACUGCUCUUUGACCGCUCUCAAGGUUUCUGGUUGUCGCACAGCAUUCCCCAUUUCCCUUCCUUCCCCGAGAAAGGGUACCUAUACCCUUCCUCUGGCAAAGUCAAUGGCCAGACUGCACUGUGUGUGACCUACCAGUACCAACAGUUUCUUCAUAUAGCAAAGCAGUUGGUCUACCUUUACCCACGUUUCUAUAACUGCUCUGUUCCUGCUGCAUUCUUGGCUGACCUGCCACAGCUGGCCCAGUUAUGUGCGGACUCCAAACCACAGCUGUCCUCCAAUAAGAGAAUGGAGCAGCUUUUUUCAGCCGGAGGGGAAAAGUUUGUCAGUUUUGCUAAAUCUGAAAACUUUGUGGAUGAUAUCUACACAGGCUGGGUGGCUCAGGAACUGGGCGCCGACCUUUUAGUGGAGUCCUGGCAGAGACAAGGUCACGACCUGCCCUCCAACUGCUCACUGGCCAAACACACCAUGAACAUUAAGAAAAUACAGCUUCCCAGAUCAAUCCUGUUUUAUUCGCACUACGACCACUCAAAGUGGUGCGUGUCACGACUUUAUGAGGACCAGGUGACCUGCCUGGGAGACCUGAACAGAGAGAUGGGCCAGCUGUGGCGAGGUGGCGGUCUGAUCUGUUCCUCCAACCCUUUGAUUUAUAAGGCCUUCAGGCAGGUGGUGGAUUGGUACAUUCACUGCUAAUUGAGAAGUGAUUAAGAAUCAGUGCGACACUGGCUGACAGUGGCAGAGCGAGACACUAUGAUUCUGUCUCCAGGGUUGACUGCUACGUAGAAGUAACAUAAAGACUCACAUAUAAUAAUGUAUGUGUAUAAUUUAAUUCAAUUUUAUACAUACAGCUCCAAAUCACAGCAACAGUCGCCCGAAGGUGCUUUAUAUUGUAAGGUAGACCCUAGAAUAAUACAUACAGAGAAGAACCCAACAAUCAUAUGACCCCCUAUGAGCAAGCACUUUGGCGACAGUGGGAAGGAAAAACUCCCUUUUAACAGGAAGAAACCUCCAGCAGAACCAGGCUCAGGGGCCAUCUGCUGCGACCAAUAAUAAUAUAUUUACAAUUUAAACUGGUGAAUAAGCUUUUGAAAAAUAGCAGUGACUGCAUGUUAAUUAUGUGGUGGAUACACUUAGUUAUCCACCUUUGUUUGAGUUAAUGCAGCUGUUUGGAACCAGCAGCCCACAAGUAUAAAUAGAUUAAAAAAAUAAUACUUUCAAUUCAAAAAAACAAAACAGAAAUAAGGUUGGUAAGACUGUAGAUCACAGCCGCACAUUGUUUCAGGAGAUGUCAGCGGCUGUGUGUUUAAACAACCAUGUCUGCAUAAUGUCUGCACAAUAUCUGCACUAUGUCUUGUUCCUUUUACAAAAGGAGCAAGAGACAAAAUUAUUGAUCUGUGUCGCUUCCUUUCAUCCAGCAGAGAUGAAACUAUAACACUAUUAGUGCUACAAAUAAAAGGUUUUGUAAUUUUCUUUUGAAUCUUUGGGUGUCUGUUGAUGCUUUUUUGAUUGUGCCAACAAGAACUUGUAUUCAUAUUAUUUUAGCACAGUGU